UUCUCUCGUACCUUUAUGUAAACAGAGAGGUGUGUCGACACUGCACUCUACCAGGCGCGACGGGUUUUCUUUAUAUUUGGAUAUAAAGAACAGCAGUGGAGUGCAGUCGCACAACCCUGGCUUUUGUACAAAAUGAUUCCGUUCAGUACAUGUGUGUUGUUCUGUGUAAUCCUCCGUGCUGACACCUCCUUGGCUCAGAUAAGAGUCACUGUACAGCAAGGAGAUAUCAAUGGGAAAACAUCAAUUCUUGGAUUGGACGUGAUCUCCUAUCUUGGGAUACCCUACGCUGAACCUCCUCUGGGUGAUCUACGAUUCAAGAGACCAGUACCUAAAGCUGCUUGGAGUUCCCCACUGAAUGCCACUGAGUAUGGACCGAUAUGCCUGCAAAUGAAUGCCCGAUUUCCCAGUUCCGAAGAUUGUCUGACACUUAAUGUUCAUGUACCGCAGAAUAAUAACACCGCCCCUAAAGCAGUCAUGGUUUGGGUUCAUGGCGGAGGGUUUGUCUUGGGAAGUGGCAGAGAAGUGGACCCUAUAGGUCUAGCCCUGGCAGACGUCAUUACAGUCAGUAUCAACUACCGUUUGGGCAUGUUUGGCUUUCUUACUAUUGGGGACGAUGUAAAAGGCAAUUUUGGACUUUGGGACCAACACCUCGCUUUCAGAUGGAUAAAAGAAAACAUUGAUGCCUUCGGAGGGGACCCCAACAGAAUCACGAUAUUCGGAGAAUCUGCAGGCGGUAUGAGCGUGUCUUUCCAUGCUAUGUCUCCAAUGAGUAACGGACUGUUCCAUCGUGUUAUAAGCCAAAGCGGGGUCGGUAGUCAACAAUUAACGUUACAAAAAAGUACGAAAAACGUCGUCUCAUUGAGUGAAAAUUCAAAAUGUAAUACAACCGAUUCAGUGUCUUUGUUAGUUUGUCUUAAAGGUAAGAGUGGACAAGAUCUUCUUGCUAUCUCUAAUAUGCUUAUAGAGUUGUUAAUGUGGGUUCCGAAUAUGGACAACGAGCUUAUUACUGGCAACGUGGAAAGUUCGGCAAAUCUUUUACCAGAUCAAUAUGGGAAUCUUGACUAUUUGAUGGGAAGCAAUAGUCUUGACGGGAACGCACUGAUCAGGGUACCGGCCGAGGCCGAGAAUGGUUUUACAGAACAAGCUUUCCGUCAACGUGUCGACCAAAUGUUAACUGGGAGAUUGGACAAAGAUAUCGUUCAAACGGCGUUGAUACAAGAGUACACUGCAGAUGUCUUUUAUCCAGAUAACAAAACACGUGUAAAACAGUUCGUAGAAAUGGGAGGUGAUCUAACAUUAACAAUUCCCACCCAUAUGAACGCCCUCAAACAUGACGAAACCAAUGGUACUGGAUUCACGUUCGUAUAUUUUCUCUCCAUAAACACUUGUCACAAACUACUGCCCACGGUGUCUUGGCUGGAUGGAGCUGGACAUGCCGACGACCUAAUCUACAUUAAUGGUCUAGUUAGUGUUUUGUGCAACGGUAGCGCCACACCUGCUGAUUUUGCCCUACAGAAUGCUAUGAUAACUUAUUGGACCAACUUUGCUAAAUCUGGGAACCCAAACCUGCCUGCCUCUGUUCUAACACAGUGGCCCAAGUACGACCAUGUUCAGCGCGAAUACCUCGACCUCAAUGAGAACAUCACUGCCAAAUCCAAUCUCAAAGCACGUCGAGUUGCCUUCAUGACCGACGUGCUUCAAAAGCUGGUGGAACUUCCAUCGGAGGGAGUUUGUACAGAAACGGGCGAUGCCAUGGAUGACUUGGUUGUGAAUACUUUUUACGGCAAAAUCAGAGGGAAGCGUGAGGUCGUAAAAGAAUGGUACUGGGAAAUGUUUCUUGGCGUUCCCUAUGCAGCUCCCCCCAUAGGAGAACACCGUUUUCUCCCACCAAUACCUCCAAAAAUGUGGAGCGGCAUCCGGAAUGCAACGGAAUUAGGGUAUUCCUGUCAUGGAGGAGCGGUUUUUCUCUCACCGUCUCCUUUAAAGUUCCACGAAGAUUGUCUCACCCUUAAUAUUUAUGUGCCCGCAGGAGUGCGAAUGUGGAAAGACGAAAAACUUGCUGUAAUGUUAUUUAUACACGGAGGUGGCUAUGUGGUUGGAUCAAGUUCAGAGUACGACGGAAGAGCACUUAGCUGGUACGGACGCGUCAUUGUUGUCACCAUAAAUUAUCGCCUCGGAAUCUUCGGUUUCGCAAGCACUGGGGAUCAGAAUGCUCCCGGAAACGUUGGUCUGAUGGAUCAGAGUCUUGCAAUGCGGUGGGUAAAACAAAACAUAGCCUCCUUUGGUGGUGACCCCGAAAGAAUAACUAUAUUUGGAGAAUCGGCAGGUGCUGGAAGUGUCAUAUACCAAAUGCUUUCACCUAUGAGUAAAGGGUUGUUCAAGCGAGCCAUAGCAGAAAGUACAUGGAUGGGAGCUUGGGACUUACAUUUCAUCGACCCAGCAAAAAAGAAUAACAUAGAUAUGAUACGCGAGUAUGGCAUUCAUUUCAACUGCAGUUCUUCAUCAGUAGACAUGAUAAGGUGCCUUCGUGAUAUCAAUGCUUCAGAUAUAGCUCAAUAUGCCUCUGCAAACAUGUUUUCUCUGCCAUUAAAACUAUUCACUCCAACUGUUGAUCGUGAAUUCAUGCCCUAUUCGCCAUCCGAAACGUUCGAUUUGCUUUUAAAAUACAAAGACAUGAUUAAAGAAGAUGACAUGGUUGACCUACUUAUUGGCACAAACAGUGGAGAAGGUUUGACAGAGUCUUUUGGCGCAAUAUUAACGACGUUUCCCAAUGGUUCUCAGACGACCAAUGGAUUAACAGAGAAAGAGUUCGACCAAAUCAUGAAAGCAUAUGUUACGCCAAGCGUAGGCAAUAACCUUGAAAUAAUUAUACCUAUGAUCCAGAACGCUUAUACCAACUUGGAGUCGCCAGACAAUCCAAUGAGACGACUUCGUGCUUUUCAAGACGUUAUAAGAGAUAUCACAUAUGUGGCCGGGUCAGAUUUGGCAGCACAGGUGCAUUCUACCUUAGGAGGCAACACGUACGUGUAUAGGUUUGCACACGAACCCAGUUUUGGCCAUUUAUUCCUCGGGACAUAUGGGCUGCCUACUGAACCAAUCUAUGGUUUAGCUGACCAUGGGGAAGAACUUACCUACGUGUUUGGUCAGCCUUUAUUCACUGAUGUUGUCCCUAUGAAUGUUUCCUCAAGAGACGUUGAAGUGUCAAGACAAAUGAUAGCUUACUGGUCAAACUUUGCCAGAUAUGGUUCUCCCAAUGGCCCUACAGUUCCAGUCUUUUGGCCUCAGUACGAAACAUCCAUGACGUCAUACAUGUACAUCGGAAACGAGACCGAAGUAAAACAAAAUCUGGGUGGUUCCCGAGUCCAGCUAUUGAAAAAUGUAGUGAGACGCCUCGCUGACUCUGGCAAUUGUCCUGCAACGUCAAAAACUAUGUACACACCAGCUCCCUCUAACGGUUCGUGGAUAAUGCAGUAUAUCAUGCCGGAUCAGCCUGAGGUCAAUACCCGUGUUGGGCGUGUGAGAGGACUUGCUCUGCGGGCCAGCGCUUUUACUGGUGGAAAAGAUUUAAACCUUUUCCUAGGUAUUCCCUACGCUAAGCCACCAACAGGUGAUCGCAGAUUCAAAAAGCCAGAACCAUCAACUGCUUGGACUGAAACCCUCAAUGCAACAAUGAGCGCACCACCUUGCCUUCAACUCCCGUCAGAUUUUAUGAUGGUGCUUGGUUUGAAUCACACCAGUGAAGAUUGUUUAUAUGUGUCGGUCGUCGUGCCUCGAGGAACCGUAGUAAAUGAUAAGAAGCCUGUUGUUGCCUUAAUUCAUGGUGGCUUCUUUAUAAACGGCAGUCCAGAUGAACAUUCACUGGGAAUUUUCUCUUCUUUGGGCGAUGUCAUUACUGUAAGCAUUAAUUAUAGACUCGGUAUGCUUGGAUUUAUGUCGACUGGAGAUGACACAUUGAAAGGGAACCUCGGACUCUAUGACAUGGUGGCUGCAACAAAAUGGAUUAAAGAGAACAUUGCUUCUUUCGGUGGCAAUCCAGACAAAAUAACCCUUUUUGGUACUGGAUCUGCAGGACUGGCAGUACUUAAUAUGAUGGUCUCCCCUAUGGCAAAAGAUUAUUUCCAUCAGGCUGUCAUCACGGGCCCUACCACGCCUUACGCUGCACAAACGCCGGCUGCAUUAGCGGAAAUAAGCAGGAAUUUUUCUGCUGGUAUUGGAUGCCGACAGGAAUCGAGCUCAGAGCUUAUAGAAUGUCUGAGAAGUAAACCAGCCGAUGCAUUCAUUUACAAGGGAAAUCCUUACCUGGCAAACCACGUAUUCCUUGUCACUGAUGGAGAACUAAUAAAAAGUGAUCUUGUAACAGCGUAUACUACCAGUACUCAACUGAAGCCUCUUGUGAUUGGAAGUACGUCAGACUAUGCUGGUAUUUUCCUUCAACAAUAUCUUGGUUACAGAGAUUCUAUGACCCAGCAAGAAGUCGACGCUUCUAUUGAUAUGACAAUUGAAGCAGUUUUUCCCAAAUCAGGAAUGAAGGACCUUUUGAAAGCCAUGAUUAAACAGCAGUUUUUUUCAUCAGAAAUCAAAAAUGAUAAAGAUAGACUGAUGGCUCUCUUACACUUCUAUAACAGCAUGCACAAGUACGGCUGGUUGUAUAUGCUUGGUGUAGGGCACGCAUCCCAUGGUGGAGACGUGUAUAUGUACGAAUUUAAUCAUCGUCCACAGUGGUCAUGGUACCCCGAAUGGAUUGGCGCCACCUUCCGAGACGACAUAGGGUUUUUGGAAGGCUUACCGUUCGACAAACCACUUCUGGCUGAAUUAUCAUUGUCAGUCACAGACCGAGAAGAAAUGAUCAGUGGGGCUCUCAUGUCGUAUAUCGGAAACUUUGUUGGAACAAGUAAUCCAAACCAAGGCAAUUUCCCAGUGUCCGUGGAAUGGCCAAAGUUUGGUGCAGAUGAUCCAAACUACCUCUUGGCAGGUCUACGAUUCAUAGCAGCAGACAUGAGGGACAUGAUGGGCCAAGAACAAAUACGUUUCUGGCAUGGUGAAGGAAAAAAUAAUUCCAUACUGGACCAAGUUGCUACUAUGAAGAUGGACGCCCAAACAAUGAGUACUUCAGCACCUACUAUGCCCCCUGCAGCAACAUGCCCACCCGCGUUGGGGAGCUCUGAUUUCCUAAAUUCAAUGAAUCUUGGCGUCAAAGGAGUAGAGGAUCUUGUCUUGGCACUCAUUGUUAUAGCUUCUGCGUUGGGUCUUUUCCUCAUAAUUGCAGUAGGUUAUGUGUGCGUACUGAACGGCAGGGUUGGGAAACUUAAACAAGCUGCUUACUCCACAUCAAAGACUGAGCUAACCAAGAUGUGAAGUGGAAAUUUGCAAAAUUUAUAUUUAAUAAAUCAUUCAAUGAGGAAAUGAAAAUAGUAUUUGAGAAAUGAAACAAAGAAAGACAUGUUUCGGUGUACAAACCAAUUUUUUAAGAAAACGCUUAAAGAAACAAAAAAGAGUAGGAGUAUUUUGUUUAUACUGAAAUACAUUUUACCUC